CGUAUUUCGCUGAGCUCCGCGUUGAUUGCCUCUCAUGACUCCAUCAGUUACAUUCUGGAUGCACCCCGCGAGGCUUGACGUUUGUUCGUUGUCCCAAACUUCGGUCCAUCAGCAGGAGCUCGGUUUCGUGAGAGUGAGUGUACGGUCUGCACAACCGGGCUUUCACCGAAAACUCUUCGUGUGCAAACUUCUCUGCAUAACGUCUCGAUCUAUCUGCUCGAGUUCGAUCGUUGAAUGUGUAUGUAUGUGUUAUCAGAACAACGUCCACAAGGUGGCCCUAAGAAACGCUGGAACGACAUCACUAGUAAAGACCUAAAUGAUCUGAACAUUCCAGAAAGCUGUUGGUAUGACUUAGCAAAUAAAUCAAGAUCUGCCUGGAGAGACCAUUACCAUGCCUGUCUGGAGUCUAGUCAAGUGUCAUCUGGCAACGUUGAUUUACAAACUGUUGUCUGCCCUGAAUGCCACAGAAGUUUCGGACGCAUUAAUGGCUUGAACAGACACAGAUGCAUUGCUGAAAGAGUAAAACCUAUACAUCAACAAAAAGAAGCAAUUGAAUGCCAGACCUGGGUACCAUGUCCGUCUAGACGGAAGCUAUACAGGAAGAGGAGGAGGAGGAGGAGGAGACAAUGCUGACAUUAUUAUGUUUCCUUUCGAAUUUGUCACCUAAGAAGCAUCCAUUAAUUCUACCAUGAAAACAUUUGAUACACUAGCUGGCCUGUUUGUGAUUAUGGAUGCAUCAUAGUUGUGAUUGUAACUCAAUUAAGAGAAAGGUCAAUGUUGAAUUUGAGUGUACAAAUGCUGUCGACUCUCCAGACCGCACACCAGAUGACGAUAUUGAUUCAUUCGACUCAGAGUUUAACGAAUCAGACGACGACGAUGAAGUACAUGGCUCGUUAUUUUUACAGCAACCUGGUGGGAAUUUUCCAAACGAUGGAAUCAAACUCUUCACGUGUCGACAUGUGUUUGCUCCCAACUACGAGCCCUACAAAAUGUCGGUCGACGAAAACGGCGAAAUCAACUGCUCUGGCGUUGAGCCCAGUUACCUACCAACACAAUUCGAGAUUCUCACCGUCAAGGACAACGUCAGUAUUCCUGGUCAUGUCGUUUGUAUACGCUCUCGAGGCUUCAGUCCGGAAGAAAAAUUCUAUGUGGCUCUGACAGACAGUGGAAUGAAAAUGAGAUUUACAGUAGAGAAUGCUGGAAGUGGCAUGAAAAAUCAUUCGAUUCCUGAAGAUAAAAAGUUUUACUUUACUGUGAGCUACUAUUCCGAAGGGUAUCUUUUCCAAGCGGUAACCGGUGAUCAGCGAUACCUCGCAUUUGAGUCGGCAACAAGAGGAGGAGUUCAAGUGACUGUUACGGACAAAAACGCAACGAGCAAACUGUCAAAUGCGGUCUUUGAUCUAACUAAUUGGUAAUUGGAUCGAUGAGGGUAUGUAGCGAUUAAGUGCUUUUUUAAAAGCGUCUGUUGACAGAUUUCAUAGAUCCUGGUCGUUUGCUGAUUAACUAAGCUUCUUUAACUAAGCUUCUUUAAUUGAAUUGCCGUGAAAUUCAACAUUGAAUAAAAGAGAAUUGCUUUGC